AUGGCCACGGAUCCAUUUCAAAAAUAUUUGAAUUAUACGAAUUACACGACGAUAACUGAGACAAUCGAAGUGGUAAUUUUUGUAUUUAUUUUUAGCUUUUUUACCUAUUUUUUACCCCUCCACCUCUGACUGACCGAAACUGUACCCCCCCCCUUUUUUUUCAGACCGAGAAAUGUUGUCUAAACCUCAAUUUUCAGCAGAAUUUUAUGGAUUUUUCCCUAACGGCAAACAUGAUUGUGAAAUCGAUUGCGGUGAAUAGCAGCGCCAUGGAGCUUCUUAUCAUUGGCGAUCAGUUGGUAAGGGUAAAUCAAGACUUUGUGUGGACAAUCCAAGAAGCCGAGUCUUUGUUCAAUGCUCGUGGCAAGGUGAGGAACAUUUUUUUUUUAAAGUUGGACUUUAAAAUAAAUUUUAUGUAAGCUUAAAAUGUGUAUGUUUCAUUUUAUAUAAGCCUAAAAUGUGAAUUUUCGAUUUUAUAUAAGCCUAAAUUAUGUAUUUUCAAUUUAAUAUAAGCCUAAAAUAUGUAUUUUCAAUCUUAUGUAAGCCUAAAAUGUGAAUUUUUAAAAUUUUUAAUGUUUUUCAGUUCGAAAUUCAAGUCUUGCGACAAGCCUACAAAAAACCGCUAAAAUACUGGAGGAGCAAACAAUGCAAUUUCAAGCGAACGACCACAACCAAUUGCUUUGUAGUCCAAAUAGCAGACUAUGAUGAAAAAGGUGACUUCAGGUUAUAUCCAUUGGCUAAAAAAGGCACAUUCGAAAUCGAGAAGGUAAGGUUCUACCUCCACUUCUAGCCUUACUUAUUUAUACUCAUACCCAUAGCCAUGCUUUUGCCCCUACCCUUACUUCUACUUCUGUCUUCUUUAAAAAAUUUAAAUUUAAAACCCAUGCCAUUUUCAGAUGGCAUGCAACUCAUCCGCAACCUUUUAUUUCCAACUUAAUGAUGUUGUAAUGGAUUUGGACAGUGUCAUAUACCGGACGCCUGAGGAGUUUAUGAAGGCAUUCGAGACAGCAGCCAGUAGCAAUCUCAAGUUUUCAGUCGCUGUUUAUCGACCGGACGAUGUCAAAAUGCCUUUGUGGAGCCAGGACGAGUCGGUAUGUUACCUAAAAGUUAAGACUUAUUUGUUCAGCUUUCCAAGUCUUACAAACCUAAGCCUUCUAAGCCUAAGCCUUAUAAGCCUAAGCCCUGUAAGCCUAAGCCUUCUAAGCCUAAGCCUUAUAAGCUUAAGCCUUGUAAGCCUAAGCCUUGUAAGCCUAAGCCUUGUAAGCCUAAGCUUUCUAAGCCUAAGCCUUCUAAGCCUAAGCCUUCUAAGCCUAAGCCUUAUAAGCCUAAGCCUUCUAAACCUACUUUUUCUAAGGCUAAGCUUUUAAGACUGAGCCUUGUAAACCAAAGCUUUUUAAGUCGCAAACUUUCAAGUUUAAGCCUAAGGCUUCUAAGCCUAAGCCUUCUAAGCCUAAUCUUUCGAAGCCUAUGCCUACUAAGUCUAAGCCUACUAAGAGUAAUCCUACUAAGCUUAAGCCUUCUAAGCCUAAGCCUUCUAAGCCAGAGCCUACUAAGCCUAAGCCUAAUAAAAAUUUUAAAUUUUUUUUUAAGGAAAAACACCUCAACUGGCCCACACCAUCAGAUUGUUACCUAAUCGGCCAACGUGAAGCGCUUCGUUUCAAUCUCUCAUUCAUACGAAAGGAGGAAGAUAAUGAAUCCACGACGGACACACAGGAAAUGACAAUGGAAGACGACAAUAUGAAUGCCAUCGUUUCAACAUACAUGACCCAAAAAAGGAACAGCCGACCGAGCCCCGUCACCUGGUCAACAACACCACCAGGCGGCAAGAAAAAGCGUCGUCAGCCACGUUCUCGACGCAAAACUCGUUCGAAACUGUUGUCAAAGGACCGAAGGCUCAGCCCGUUCCGUCAAAGAAUCCAAAGCCUGAGGCGGAAGAUGAAGAAGCAGGGUUCGGCCGUCAUCGAUACGGUAGGGCAAUUUUUUGAGGAAAAUGAUGUUUUUGGUACUGAUUAGGGGCAUAGGAAAAUAAUUUUCAUACUUUUAAACCAAAAAUUUUGAAAAAAAAAAAUUAUUGACUGGUCGAUAAAAUUUUUUAAAAUGGGCGUUUUUUUGAAUUUGUAGGCUUAGAAAAAAUAAUUUUUAUGGUUCUGGAGCAAUAAAUUUGAAAUUGAUAAUAUAUUUUUUAAAUAACAUUUUUCGAGUUUUUAGGCUUAUAAAAAAUAAUUUUUAUGGUCUUUAGAGUAAAAAUUAUAAUAUGGUACUAUACUACCUAAGCCCCAAAAAUUGAAAAAGAAAAUUAUCGACCGGUUGAUAAAGUAUUCUUUUUUUUGAAAACGUAGUUCUUCUUGCUUAAAACAUGGAAAAAACCAGUUUUUAAGCUUAAUUAUUGAUAUAAAUAUGAAAUAUUGUUCCUUUCAGAAAGAGAACGAAGAAGAACAAGUGAGGACGGACGUGCGCGAAGGGCAAAAGCUUCAUCAAUUGCCGCAAGGACCCGGUUUAGGUACGCGAAUGAUGUAUAAUGCACUGAACCUGUUCCGAAGACCCAAAUACGAUCCAGAAACUUGUUUCCCGGCUGUUAGCAACAAAAUGGGAUCAGCUUCAGCAGAACCACCAGCUCAGAAUGAAGCGAGCAGUCCUGCUAGUCCUUCUGCAGUUGGUGCAAGUAGCCCUGGUAGUCCUGGUGCAGAAAGUCCUGGUGCAGCGAGUCCUGGUGUAACUAGUCCUGGUGCAGCGAGUUCUGGGGUGGCGAGUUCUGGAAGUCAAGUUGCAGCUAGCAGUGGCAGUCAAGGUGCAGUUAGCCCCGGUAGUCCUAGUGCAACCAGUUCAGGCACGCGUAGUGCAAACAGUCCUGGUGCAGUUAGUCCGGGUACGUUAAGCGAUGAUGCCGCCAGCCCAGGAGAGAAGAAGCAGAAGCUGAAAGAGGGCUCGGAGAAAGUCAAGAAGCCAAAACAAGUUUCGGAGGUUAAGAAGGUCAAAGAAACUUUGAACGAAGCCAAGAAGCCUAAGGGUAGCGCCGAGAAGACUGUCGAGAGUUCAAAAAAGCUUAAGAAGCCUAAAGACGCUAUGGCUAGAAGGAAGUUUUCGAAUAAACGUUCUAAUCCCGAAAUGGAAGAACAGAAGACAGCCGUACAGUCAAGCAAAUACUACAUGGACGGUUCACACAAAAAACGGCGUAAGACUUCAGAAGAUCAACAAAAGGCCAAGCUUAAAGAUCAGCUUGAUUUACCGAAAGAUCAGUCCAAGGAUCAGCCUAAAGAGCAGUCCAAGAACGAAUCAGAAGAUGCUAAAAAGCCCGAUGAAAGCCAAAGGAAAAACAGGAGAAAGACGAUUAACUAA